AUGCCUAAGGUGGAAUAUCUCGGCCAUAAAGUCUCCCACAAUGGACUGGAGGUGAAUCCGAAGGAUCUGUCGGCAUUGACUGAUCUAGCAUUUCCAGGAUCACUUAGAGCCAUGCACUGCUUUAUCGAAGACUACGCGAUCUGUGCGUCAGUUUUGUAUGAGUUGCGAGAAAUCGAUUUCGCCGCGAUGAUGAAGGACACCAGCCAAGUACGGAUCCGACAAGUGCUAGAGGCGGAGAUUGUAGAUCCAGGAUCACAGGGAGAUCAAGCGAUCGACCCCCAAAAGACUCUAGAUCUGGAGGCGCAAGAUCUCACUGAAGUGGAUCCACGUUGGAUCCAUCCCUAUCGAUCUUUCAAUGUGCUCAAAUCUAAGAUCGCCACCACUCCGAUCCUGCUGCACUUUGAUCCAGAUCGAAGAGCCACGGUUGUGGUGUAUGCUAGUGACUGGGCCAUCUCAGGAUCGUUGAUGCAGGAGUAUGGCAAGACCUACUACCCCGUGAUAUUUGCGAGCCGUACUUUGAAGUCAAAUGAGUUGAAUUAUGGCAUCGCAGAGAAGGGGGUGCUGGCCUUGCUGACGACCCUGGAUCUUAACUACAAGGCCUUGAUUCGGCGCCCAAUCCAUCCGUGCAAGGACGUCUGGGACAGUGGACCGCUCUGUUGCAGUAUUACCCCUAGAUCUUUAGUGGAUAAGGCAUUGAUCUCGAUUGCCCCUAAAAAGGAGCCAACACGCAAGAUCCAAGCUCCGAUCCCUACUAUUAGACGCGAUGAGGAUCUAUACGUCGUUAGUUUCGAUGGAUCUGCCUGUGUCAAGAGAGGUGGAGGCGCCUACAGCGCGCUCUUGUGGAAGCUGCCCGAAUGGAGGGUGCUGAAGGCUAGAUCUGGGUAUGCUGAAGGUUUGACGGUGAACGAGGUAGAAUACCAUGGGCUGUUGCUAUGUUUGGAUCUGUUGGAAGAUCUGGAUCCGCGACGUCUGGUGAUCUGCGGAGACUCGAACCUGGUGAUCCGGCAAGUACCAGGUGAGAUCGAUUGUAAGGCACCGGGUCUGACACUGUUACGCCAGCGGGCUUUGGAUCGACUACGUACUUGGCCAGAUCAUGAGCUGUUGCAUGUCAAACGAGACUGGAACGGGAGUGCUGCCAGCUUAGUAAGCGCCGCUCAGCAUCGACAAUGUGGGAUCGAGGUAGAGUCCGACAAGGAGUUUCAGGAUCUAAUAACUUUGAAUCGGUUGGAUGAGAUCCUGAUA